GACAGUGUCUCGUCCUGCCUCUAAAUCAAAAGUGAAGCUAUGAAGGUUAAACGUCAGUUUGGGUUUUUCUGAAACAACAGUAGGGCGUUUUUUUGAACUCAGGUAAACGUUUCUCGGCGAUGCAGGUAUUGGGGUCUUCGUGGUGAGUUCAUUGUCCUUGUGCGGCGGUGGGGAAAAUGGCUUUGCUGUCUGUGCUGCUCUGGUUCCUUCUUGUUGUGACAGCUCAUGUGACUGAUGCUCAGCGGGGGCCGAGGAGCCGUCUCAUCCUGACAGAGGCUUCUGAUUACCACCCGGUCAGCUGGGAGUCAAGGAACACCCCCAGUCCUCAGCCUGGUGCCGGUCCAGAGCCAGGUGACCGGGCUCGUGCGUUUCAGGUCCCAACUUUGGACGGAAAGUUCUCCUACGACCCCGCUGAAGGCGCGUUGAAGGAGUCUCUGGUCAUCCACGCCUUCACCAACAAGUCUGGGUUCCUGGAGUGCCUUUGGAGCUCCGAGUCCUCUUUGAAGAGCCUGGUUAAAGGUCUGCCGGAUCGCACCCAGGUGCUCUUCCUGUCGCUGGACGACUCAGCGGUCAGUGAUGCUCUGUGGAUGCGGGAGCAGCUGGACCGGGCCGCCGCGCACAGCGGCAGGAAGGAGAUUCUGACCCAGCUGCACUUCUGUCCAGUGCCGGUCUUUGCUUUGGGUAAUUGGAUCCCCAAUGUGCUUUAUUACUGGGGCUGCAUGGGACACAACUGUGGGCUCUCGCAGGCCGUUUUCACCUCGGACGCGUGGAAGAUGCCCAUCAUUAUUAAAAGGCUGGAUGCCAGGUAUGAUUGGCUCAUGGGACGCUGGAGCGCCAAGACCUAUCAGCUGGCUGAUGCUGGAGAUGGGUGUAAACCCUCACCAUCUUUAGGGGGCGCUGUGGCCUGGGUGUCAGAAGGGAACUGCUCUUUCUUCACUAAGGUUCAGAGCAUGGCCAAAUCAAAUGCCUCCGGUGUCCUCGUCUAUUCGCUCCCCGGUAACCCCAUCCAGGAUAUGAACUGUGUUGACCUUGAGUGUUUCCUUCCUCUUGGUAUCCCGGCUGCCAUGGUGCAUCAGGAGGUUUCGGUUGCUCAGGCGCUCCGCUCCGGACAGGUGGUGAAUGUUUCCUUUCAAACCACACCAUCCCCAAAUUUCUUCAUUGGUGUUGACCAACAGGGGGCGCUGGCUGAGAUGGGCUGGUUCCUCUACCCAUCAUUUAGCUUCAUCAACUGGCAGGCCCAGUGGUUUGAAUUCUCUGCUGGUCUGCAGAUAAAACUCCAAAGUCCUGCGAAAGUCAUUCCAGUGUUUGAUCAUGUCACAAUGCAAGGCGACAAAGGAGCGGUGGCCACAGUCGACCUGCCGUCCGAUCUGUGGGACUUUGACAUGCUGGAGCUUGACGCAUCGCUGUCAUGUCCUGGAAGGAGGGACUCGUCUUGCGCUCAGUGGGACCACACUGUCCAGCUGUUCGUGUGCUGCGAUCAGCUGAGUCCAUACUGCAACACGGAGCUGGGACGCUGGAUUACUGCGUUCCGCAGAGGAACUGGACACUGGCUGACAGACGUGUCUCCGCUAAUCCCUUUGUUGGACAGCAACAAAUGCACCUUUACAAUGAAGACAGUGCCCUGGGCGAUGCCUUGGGUCGUCUCCCUCAACCUUAGGUUUAGUGUCAGCAACCAGACAGGUGAAGGUUUAGAGAAGCUUCAUCCCUUCAGAGUGAUGUCUCUGUACAGCGGGGGAACCUUUGACAAAAGCUACAACAAGAGGUACCAGCCAAUGAAAUUCCCCAUCCCUUCAUCCACCAAGAAGGUGGAGCUCUAUGCUGUUAUCACGGGGCACGGCAGCGAUGAGAAUGGCUGUGGGGAAUUCUGCAUCACCUCCCACCAUUUCCUGAUAAACGCCGUGUAUAACAACACUCGCAGAUUCGACUCUGCAGGAUCAGCUCUUGGCUGCACAAUGCGGGUGAAGGAGGGCGCCGUACCAAACGAGCACGGCACGUGGCUGUAUGGGCGAGGAGGCUGGUGUGAUGGCCUGCAGGUCGACCCAUGGAGGAUUGACAUCACCAAACAGCUGAACAUGACCGACUUUGAAUCCAACACUAUUGUGUAUUUUGGCUUGUUUAACGGGCUGGACCCAAAUCCAGCUCAGCAGCCUGGAUAUAUCAUCAUGUCGUCUUUUCUCAUCUUCUACAAAUGAUUCUCCUUAAAAAAAAAAAAAGAGAGAUAAUUUUCUCAAUCUUGAUUAAACAUUACUCAGUGUAUGCAAUCAACCAAUAAAUGUAUAUUUUUUCACCUUG